AGAAGCUUAAUUUUGAAACAUAAAGUAGAGGAGAAUCACCAGGAAGCCGAAUAAAUCUCAUAGGAGUUAGGAUGAAGAAGCUAUCCCACUUUCAAAUCAGGUGAUCCCAGUUUUCCUGUUUGGGAAUAUGAUGUGAUCAUGGACCAGUCAGAUAAAGAAGACAAUGAGACGAUAGAUGAUCCAGCUGAUGAAGAUGUCCUAGCUAUACCAGAAGGUCCUAUCACUCGUUCCAAGAGUAAACAAAUCAAGCAAGCCAUUGGAGGAUUACUCAUGAUAGCCUGGAAGCAAGAAGAAGGUCUUGAAGGAAGCUGGAUCAAUCAAGACACACUCACCACUAUCCAAGCCAUUUCUUUUUCUACAUGAUCAUCAAAUGAGCAAGUAGCAUAUGUGUGCUCUUUUUUCCUGUCUUUGGUUUUGUCCCACUGGGUUUUCCAAAGAUAGGUUUUUAAUGAGGCCAUAUGUUACUUUCACAUCUCUCAUUUGAUGAUCCCGGUUUAGCUUAUAAUGCCUUAUAAAACUUAUGUCUUUUAAAACCUUAUGUCUUUCAUUUUUAUUUAAACCAAAGGGAGCCUGUUCUCUUUAGGUUUCCGUGAGCUUGUGUGUGUACAAGCCUCACUAUAUAAACCACAUCCGAAAACCCUAGUAGCAAUCAAGUUAUCUUUUCAUCAAAACCUUUUCUUUGUUCUCUCUUCUUCUUGUUAUCAAGUCGGCGAGUGAUCUUGUUGGUGAGUAGUAUCCAACAACCUAAGGAUCUCUUCUUCGGUGUGUCAUAUCCGGAUUAGGCAUCUAGGAGUAUCAAGGAGUCCUUUCACAACUCUUUGUGUCACCAUUCAUUCCACAAACCUUGAAGAACUUGAGUCUCUGAUUCGUUCUUGCAAGGAUCUAUCCCCAACUAUCCAGAGAAGCAUCCUAGGAGUGUAUUAUGUGGUAUCAGAGCAACUCUGGCUAGGGAAGUUCUUGUUUACUCAAUUUUUCGUGUGGAUCUGUUCAUCUACUUCAUAACUUUUGCUAGAUCUGUUUAUGUUUGAUUCAAAUCUGAUCGAUCGCAGCGUUUUUAUAAAGGUUUCUAAAAAGACCAUUCAUAUUCUUGUGGAUUACGCUUUCGAGAUUUCUAGAUCCAUAAGUUGUUUGAGUUACUUGAGUCGAUCUGAUCUUAUACUAUUGAAUCUGUGAUUGUUGAAACAUUUCAUCUGUUGAACCGGAUCUAUCUGUUAAGUGUGGAAAGAGAUUGAAAUUGAACCUGAUCCGUGUUGUUUAAGUUUCCUUUUCGUGUUUGUUUCCUUUUGCGAUUCUAUUUUAAUUUUUCUGUGAACUUCUUACUGGUUGAAUCUUUUUGGUUGUCUCAGGUACUAUGUCUAUUAACGCGGAGGAAGAUGAAGGAGUUAGCCUCGAGCAUAAAGCUUUGCUUGAAGCUUUGACUCGCCGUAUGAGUACGAUGAUGGAAACAAGAUUGGGUACUUUCCGCGAAGAGCUUGAUGCGCAAUCUUCAGAACCUAGACGUGAACCAAGGCAGAAUCGACGCACACAGGCUAGACGUGAGCAUGAGGGUUCAGAGGAGACUGAUAACUACUAUGAAAGAAAUCGACACAGCUCAGAUUCUAGACACAGCAGCCGUAGUGACCGUAGACACAGACGUGAUCACUGGCAACGCAAUGAACUCGCGGGAGUAAAGCUGAAAAUCCCUCCUUUCCAUGGCAAAGCUGAUCCAGAUGCUUAUCUUGAGUGGGAGAAAAAGAUUGAGCUGGUUUUUAACUGUCAACACUACACGGAGCUUAAGAAAAUUCAAGUGGCUGCUACCGAGUUCUACGAUUACGCUUUGAGCUGGUGGGAUCAAUUGGUUACAAACAAGCGGCGCAAUGGAGAGUUUCCUAUUGAGACAUGGGCAGAGAUGAAAGCAGCAAUGCGCAGGAGGUUUGUGCCAAGCCAUUACCAUCGUGAUCUUCAUCAGAGAUUGAGAAGGCUCACACAAGGAUCGCGAUCUGUAGAAGAGUAUUUCCAAGAGAUGGAAUUGUUAAUGUUGAGAGCUUGUAUAUCAGAGGAUAGAGAGGCUACUAUGGCACGGUUUCUUGGAGGACUUAACCGUGAGAUACAAGACAAUGUGGAGAUGCAGCACUAUGUUGAGUUGGAAGAAAUGUUGCAUAAAGCAAUUCUGGUGGAGCAACAGAUUAAGAGGAAGCAUCAUUCACGUGGAAGCUACGGUACCAGCAAGUAUCAGCAAGUUAAAGACGAGAAACCAGCAUAUCAAAAGGAGAACAAGUCUCAGCAGAAAGAAGAAACAAAGCCAGGCAGCAUUUUUGCCAAAGACAAAGACAAAGGGAAAGCUGAAGCUACUUCUUCUCGGACCAGAGAUGUUAAGUGUUUCAAAUGCCAAGGACGUGGGCAUUACGCAAACGAGUGCACCAACAAACGAGUUAUGAUCCUCUUGGAGAAUGGAGAAUUUGAAUCUGAGGAUGAGAAGCUUGAGACUGAUCAGGAGCAUUCCGAGGAAGAAUAUGAAGAAGAACCAGUGCGAGGGAGAUUGUUGGUUGCAAGGAGAACUCUCAGCUUGCAAAAUAAAACCGAGGAGCUUGAGCAGAGAGAAAACUUGUUCUACUCACGCUGCAUGGUUCAAGGAAAGAUAUGCAGUCUGAUCAUUGAUGGUGGAAGCUGUGUUAAUGUUGCUAGCGAGACAAUGGUGAAGAAGCUUGGUUUGAAAACUCAAAAACACCCUAAACCUUACCGGCUGCAGUGGCUUAACGAAGAAGGUGAGAUGAGGGUCUCCACACAAGUCUCUAUACCUUUGUCCAUUGGGAGAUAUGAAGAUGAGAUACUCUGUGAUGUGAUACCAAUGGAAGCAAGUCAUAUCUUACUUGGAAGGCCGUGGCAGUUUGAUAGGAGAGUUACACAUGAUGGCUUUACUAAUAAGCACUCUUUUGAGUUCAAUGGCAAGAAGACUAUUUUGGUGCCUCUCACUCCUAAGGAAGUGCACCAAGAUCAGUUGCAGCUUCAGAAGAAGAAAGAAAUAGAUCUCAAACCCGAGCAACCCAAGCAGCACAACUUCUAUGCCAAGAUUGGUGACAUCAAAAGAUCUCUUUACUCUAAUCAGCCUAUUCUUUUGCUUGUGUUUAAGGAAACUCUCUUGAAUCUAACUAAUUUUACACCGGAGUAUCCGAGUGAGGUGUCAGCUCUUUUACAGGACUUUGAAGAUGUGUUUCCUGAAGAUAAUCCAAUCGGUUUGCCUCCUAUACGUGGGAUUGAGCACCAGAUUGAUUUUGUGCCAGGAUCUACUCUUCCUAACAGGCCAGCAUACAGAACUAAUCCAGUUGAGACUAAGGAGCUUCAGAGGCAGGUUGAGGAACUGAUGGAGAAAGGCCAUAUCCGUGAGAGCAUGAGUCCAUGUGCCGUACCAGUGCUCCUUGUGCCCAAGAAAGAUGGGAGCUGGCGCAUGUGUGUUGAUUGUAGAGCAAUCAACAACAUAACAGUGAAGUAUCGCCACCCUAUUCCUAGAUUAGAUGAUAUGCUUGAUGAAUUGCAUGGCUCUAGCAUUUUUUCUAAGAUAGAUUUGAAGAGUGGGUAUCAUCAAAUUAGAAUGAAAGAAGGAGAUGAGUGGAAAACAGCUUUUAAAACUAAGCAUGGUUUGUAUGAGUGGUUAGUGAUGCCUUUUGGCUUAACUAAUGCUCCUAGUACUUUUAUGAGAUUGAUGAAUCAUGUGCUUAGAUCUUUUAUAGGAUUGUUUGUGGUAGUUUACUUUGAUGAUAUCCUUGUCUACUCUAAGAGUUUAGAAGAGCAUAUAAAACAUCUUAGAACUGUUCUUGAUGUCUUGAGGAAAGAAAAGCUAUUUGCUAAUCUUAAGAAAUGCACUUUCUGUACGGAUAACUUGGUCUUUUUAGGCUUUAUUGUGAGUGCAGAUGGGGUAAAGGUAGAUCAAGAGAAGGUGAAAGCAAUACAAGAGUGGCCGAUUCCUAAAACCAUCAGUGAAGUGCGAAGCUUCCAUGGAUUAGCUGGCUUCUACCGACGGUUUGUGAAAGACUUUAGCACCAUAGCAGCUCCAUUGACUGAGGUGAUCAAGAAAGAAGUUGGAUUCAAAUGGGGAGAAGCACAAGAACUUGCCUUUCAAUGCCUAAAAGAGAAGCUUACUAAUGCCCCUCUUCUUAUACUUCCUGAUUUCAAUAAAACUUUUGAAAUUGAAUGUGAUGCUUCAGGAAUUGGAAUUGGUGCUGUUCUUAUGCAGGAAAAGAGACCCAUAGCAUAUUUCAGUGAGAAACUUGGAGGAGCAACUCUCAACUAUGCUACUUAUGACAAGGAACUCUAUGCUUUGGUGAGGGCUUUGCAGACAUGGCAGCAUUACCUAUGGCCCAAGGAGUUUGUCAUUCACACUGAUCAUGAGUCUCUCAAGUACCUUAAAGGCCAGAACAAACUCAGCAAGAGGCACGCCAGAUGGGUAGAAUUCAUUGAAACCUUCCCUUAUGUGAUCAAGUACAAACAAGGUAAGGAAAAUAUAGUUGCGGAUGCACUAUCCAGAAGGUAUGUUCUCUUGAAUACUCUUGAUGCUAAGUUGCUAGGAUUUGAACAGCUUAAAGAAAUGUAUGCAACUGAUUCUGACUUUCAAGAGGCUUAUAAAUUGUGUGAAAAAUAUGCUGCUGGACAUUACUUUAGGCAA